UUUUGUUUUGGGCAUGGCCAUGACACUUGGCGCUUGACAAAUGACGUUUGAUAUUUGAUGUUUAGAACCGGUGCACAGUUAACUGCCGGUAUAAAAAUAAACAAUAUGAAUUUUGGUGUUACGCAGUUCAAGUGUUAAUUUCUAUGAGUAAAAAUUAUCUUCAAAAUAACACUUUUCAUAUUGACGAUAUGAGUGCCGUUUCGAUAGAUCUGUCUUGUGAUAGUGACGAUUUAGAUGACUUACCAGAAUUAAAUCUUGUUACAAAAAGUCAGAGUCAAUCUGGAUCGUCUCAGUCCACUACAUCCAUAUCUCAGAACUUAGGGACAUCUGAUAAAGAAACCAAGCAACCGAGAAAAGGUGUUAAAAGAAAAGCAUCAGACAAUCAAUCACCAAAGCAAGCUCAGAAAAUAUAUAAACCUGGCGAAUGUAUGAAGCACAUGAUUCUAGAAAUGCAUCCAAACCUAUUGGAAGCCUGGUACUGCGCAGAUGUGUCCCGGGAGAUCACAGCCUCUGGUGCUAAAGUUCGUUCCAGCACUGCUAUGUGCGAUGUUAGACUGGUGUUGUGGAGUAGGGUAGUAGAGUCCAAGCUAGCUAGUAAGGAGGGAGUGGUUGGUCUCACCACUACAAAGGAGCCAUGCAACCAUGGUCUUUAUGUGACACGUUUAGAAGAUAUUGAAGAACACAUAGUAGGCAAGACGCUGUCACAGCAUAUGCUGUCUGCCGCUGGAUUAGCUGGCUGCAAGUUGACCCUAGUGCUGUUUGCUGUAAAAGAUUUUUUCAAAAACACAGGACGUAAAACAAAUAACAGUAAGAAGAAAACCAUAGAGCCGAUUCAUUUAGAAAUGGCUCUGACUGAUCUAUUAGUAACAGCCAUCUGUGACACAAUAACUGUGAACAGUCCAAAUGAACUCGCGCUAACGUUCGUGCAAUUCACUAAGGCAAUCGCUGAAGCACCGUAUAAGAAAGCUAAGCGGGCAUACGAUGAGCAAGUGGAUUUUUAUAUGAGGGGAGAUAAUAAGAAAUGCGCGGCCGUUUCAAAGCAGGGCGAUGGUGUUGAGGCGCUAUGGCAACAAAUGGUAGCGGUGUUGCCAAUGUCGAGUUUGGAAACCGCAAGAGCGAUAUGCAAGCAAUACAAAACGCCGCGGGCCUUGUAUGAGGCCCAAAAACAAGCAAGCAGUGUAAACACGCUGGCGGACGUGUGCGUGCCCCGUUCAGCAGUCCCCGGGUCCAAAGCGAGGCGAGUCGGGAGCGAGUUUGCGAGGAAAUUGCACAUUCUGUUCACAGCUGACGAUGGGAAUAUGUUAGUUGAGUGAUGGCAACACUGCUAAAAAGAAAGGGACACAAAAGGGUUAAUGAAUAUUCAUAGCUUUUAAACAUCCUAUUUAAAACUGAGGUGUAUUAUUGCUGUUUAAAUUUUCUUGUUUCUACAUAAUAUCUGUUAAAUAAUUUUGUGAUCUUAUAUACCCUUCGUCUUUAUA